UUAUUCUCAAGCGUUUUUGUGUGUGCUUUACUGCUUUCUUUCCCUCACCAACCCCGCGAGGCGUGCACUACCUUAGCAGACGCGCUCGAUCGUCGUUGUUGCGCUGCUGUGUGCCUGUGUACCAUCACUCGCAUCCCGUUCGUCAUCGUUGCUAAACCACUGCUGCACAUUCUAUUUUUUUUUUCUUGACAAACGGAACCACAUCCCACCCAGCCACACACGUGUCGACACGGAACCCGCCGACUUUGAUCAUACCUGUUGCUAUUUUGUCACGACAUUAAGCAGUUUACCGGUUAGAACAAAAAUGGAAGGAAGUAAAUCAUUUUCAGUAAAUCAAACUCGAGCUGAUUAUGACUCUGGCUACUCUUGUACAUCAACUCAAUCUAAAUACAGUGUUAAAUCACACCUUCAAGAACCAUCUACGGAAUUAAGUUUCGAAGAACAGAGUUCGACUAUAUUGACAACUGAUAAAGACAGGAAAAUGUCAACUUUAAACUCUAAACCCGUCGAACAAUCAAGUCAAACUAUAUUAAGAGGCUCGAACACUAAUCAAAAAGCAAGUACUACUUGUUCAAAAUCUAAACAGAAAAAUUCAAUGAACGAAUUAUGCAUCAAUGCUCCAAAAAUGGAAUCUGAUGAUUUAAAAAAAUUACAUAAUGACGUUAAAGUAGACCCCAGUCAAGAAAAUAUGGCGUUUUUGCAAUUGUCUUAUUUGUGUCAAUCAUAUCGGGAUUUAAAUCAAACAAACUCAACUUCAAAUCCUAGAAAUACAUUAACUAUUAUAGAUACUGUUUUAAAGGCAUUAAAAGACCAAGACACACAAUUCUAUGAAAUAAUCGAGUCAAAUGAUGUCCAAAACGAUUCAUUUGGUGUUAUUGUGUCCAUGACUGAUGGUCUAAUUAUUGAUAUAUCAAAUAGUAUUAAUAAAAGUAUGGACUGUCCAAAAGACAUGUGGAAAGAUAAAUCAUUUAUUGAUUUUAUUCAUCCUAACGAUCGGAUGACAUUUGUCAAUCAUAUGACGUCUAUUCUUACAGAUCCUUACAUAAUUACUAGAGGAGAUGGUGUAUCUGCAGUGACUUAUUUGAGACCCAAGACCAAUGAUGGAUUUUACUGCAAUAUGGGUUAUUCAAUAUCUGAAACCGAAAAUUACUAUAAAGUCUGUAAGCUAACGAUAACAUUCAAAGAGUUAUCACACAAUUCAACGACACCUAGUUUGGCACAAUUAUCAAGACCUCAAUUAGUGUUGUUUGUUAAAGCACAGCUAAUUCACUCAGCAUACACAUGUUCUGAAGAGAUUAUAGAAAAUCCCAUUAAAUUUAUCACUAAACAUAAUCCGUUUUUCGAAUGGUGUUAUGUUGAUAAAUUAAUUACCUCAUACUUUGGAUAUCUACCUCAAAAUUUUAUUGGGAGAUCAAUUUUCGACUAUUACUGUAUUAAGGAUUUAACAACUAUUAAAGAAAUCCACACAAAUGUGAUUAAAGCUAAGAGUAUAUCAUUGAAAGGAAACCCUUACCAGUUUAAAUGUCAAAAUGGUGAUUUUGCAUUAAUACAAACAGAAUGGUCCACUUUUGUAAAUCCAUGGUCUGGUCAAGUAGAGUUUGUUAUUGGUAAACACAAAAUCAUUCAGGGUCCUAUUAAUCCUGACGUGACAACUCUGGCUGAUAAUACUAUUCUGAAGGAUAUAAAAACAAAAGAGGAAUAUGGCUUAGAUGAAACACCAAGAAUUUUCGAAAAAACAGCGAAUGAAAACAAUGAAGUUGCUGAAGUUUCAUAUGAAACAAAUCAAACAAUGGACACAAAUUCAAAGAAACAAAUAUCAAUGGAAUAUAAAGAUUUGACUGAAUCUAUGCAUUGCUUUGUACAUCCAUCUAUUAAAGUUACUCUAAAUGAAGAUGUUCUACCAGAAACGUCUGGUAAUUAUUCUGACCACGACUCCACGUCUUUAUCUCAACAUCACAACUAUGAAAGUAAAUCUAGUUCCGAUACACUAUUAAGUUAUAAUGAACUUAAUUAUAAUGACAACAUUCAAAGAUUUUUCAAUAGCAAAGCAAAAACAAGUUCAUCAGAAGAUUCAAGUGGUUCUAAAAAAUUUGAUGCAAGAAAAAUCACUUCUUUUGAAACAGAUGAGACUAAAGUUCAACCAGAUACAAUACCAUUGUUCCAAAGUGGAACACCAAUAAUUUUAAAUAGGAUCGUAACUCAAAAUGCUCAUAGUUAUGAUUCAGAACAAAGUGCAAGUAAAAAUUGUCAACUUACUCAAAAAAUGCUUUUACGUCACAAUGAAAAAAUGGAAUGUGAUCUCGUCAAACAGCAUAAAAAAAACAAAUUGACCAAAAAACAAAAUUUCUCAAAUCAAACUAUAUACAUUCCUGAUAUAGCUCAUGGAAUAAAACGCAACAAUUCAAAUGCAAAUGAAGAUAAGUCAUGCAAGCUUUCUAAAAGAAAAUGUCUUUCAAAUAUCAGUGGUCUGACGAAUGUAACACAACCACCUGAGCAUCAAGACAUUGCUACUACCCCUACUGUAGCUAGAGCAACACAAAUUUGGUCUUUUUGUCAAAUUACACGAGAUUCGCAAACUAUGACUGAUUUACCACCAAUACAACCAAGCUCAGGCCAAAAACUAGUCUUACCAAGUCAAGCACUAAUUGUACCAUGCCAACCACUUGUCUAUAAUGUACCACUUAGUAAUAAUGUGAUGCCUGUACAAAAUAAAUUGAAUUUUAUGGACAUCAAGUUUGGAAAUAAUCAAGAAACGUUAUCUAACAAGUUACAAUCACUAAGUAUGCCGAGUCACUUUACUGAAAAUCCUCAACUUUUACAUAUGGAACAACAGUUCAAUAAUAUACAACAACUAUACCAGAAUAUUGAAAAUAAAACUGAAGCAUCAAUUCAAUCGGGAAAUAGUGACCAGAAUAUUCGAAUGAAAACAAAAGCAUCACAUGCAAACCAAGAAGAAGUUAUAACAAGUUCUGAUUCCGAUUUUAAAAGAGAUACCGGGAGCUUAAAAUCAAGUAGUGGAUGGAUGUACGAAGACAGUAGUUAUUACUCAUCAAGCUUACGAGACAAAACCGACAGUAGUGAAAGAGAAGACUUUCCUUUGCCAAAUGUAUUUGAAAAAACAAAUUGUUCUCAUCAGUUAAUUAAAAAGCAACCAUUCUGGAUGGAUGAUAUUGUAACAACACCAGAUUUAGUCUAUCGGUACCAAAUGAACUACGGAGACAUAAACGAAGUCUUACGCAAAGAUAUUAACACAUUGAAUACAUUUACUCAACCUUUGUUAGUGAACGAACAGUUCAAACAACUAUGCGUGGAAAUAGAUGUAAAUGGUUCUUCUAAAACAUCAUACUUUGAAGACGGAACUUCAUCAAGCAGUGACGGAGACGAAUGUUAUAUUUCUAUUGGAAAAAAUAAAAGAAGAAGAAUUGACUUCUGCAGAAUGGCAAUGAUUUAUGAAGAAGAUGCUUUAAUACCACCACCACCAACCUCGCCACGCAAGUUGUCAAAAAGUGAUCAGUCAACAUCCUAAAUUUUUCAUGACACAAAAUCAAAAGAACAUAGUCACAUAGGCAUCAAUAAAUGUAUAUACAAUUAUAAGUGGUAGGUACAUAUUUUAUUGUUGUUAAAUAAUAAUAAAAUAUAAUUUAAAGUUAGUAGGUAACUAAGUAAUAUGUUAAACUUAUUUUAAUAAUUAUUUAGUUUAUAUUAAUAAUGUAAUCUGUUCCUAUUGAUUAAUAAAUAAACAAACUGUAUUUGAAA